AUGUUCAAGGGCAGCAAGAAGGAGAAGCCGUCAGUGCUGGUGAAGCACUGCCGACAGGGCGUGCAGGCCUACAUUAAGCACUCGGGUGGCGGAUCCAAACAGGAGAAGGCCAUCGCUGAAGUGUCGAACAGCAUCACGGGCAUGAAGGUGCUCCUCUACGGCGACGGCAAGACCGAACCCACGCCCGAGGCCGGCGACGAACUCCUCACCGAGAUCUUCCAGGGCGACCUGCUCGGCCUCCUCUUCUCCAACAUGGGGGCCAUUGAAUUCGAAGCCAAGAAGGACUUUGUGAUUCUGUUCGGCAAUCUGAUGCGCCGCGAGGUCGCGGGGAGGAAGACGGGCGUCGAUUUUCUCGAGAAGAACAGCAAGCUGCUCGAUGACCUCGUGCUCGGCUACGAAGAUCCGGAGGUGGCGGUGAUCUGCGGCCAGCUGCUGCGAGUGUGCCUCGACAACGAGAGCCUCGCCCAGCUCGUCCUGCACUCUGAGCACUUCCUCAAGUUCUUCACCUUUGUCGAGAAUCCCGGCUUCGAUGUGGCCUCGGACGCCUUCGCCACCUUCAAGGAUCUCCUGACCAAGCACAAGGCGCUGUGUGCCGAGUUCUUGGAGAAGAACUACGACGUCAUCUUCGAGGACUACACGCAGCUGCUGCACUCGAAGAACUACGUCACCAGGCGGCAGUCCCUCAAGCUGCUCGGCGAGCUGUUGCUGGACAGGGCCAACUUCAACGUGAUGACCAAGUACAUCAGCGACCAGCAGAACCUCAAGCUGAUGAUGAACCUCCUGAGGGACAAGAGCAAAAACAUCCAGUUCGAGGCCUUCCACGUCUUCAAGGUGUUCGUGGCCAACCCCAACAAGGCCAAGCCCAUUCUCGACAUUCUGACCAAGAACAAGGAGAAGCUCAUCAGCUUCCUCAGCAACUUCCACAACGAGAAAGCAGAGGAUGAGCAGUUCGCGGACGAGAAGGCCUUCCUGCUGAAGCAGAUCGAGCAGCUGCCCUCGGCGUCAUGA